AUGCCAGCUGAAGUGAUGCCUGAAAAAACCUUCCAAGGAAAGCAUCCCCAUGGAAAAGAAAUCCAACCCAUCUUCCCCAGAAGGUUGGAGGGAAAGAUUGCCAUUGUCACCGGUGGUGCCGGCGGGAUUGGAGCCGCCACUGCAACGUUGUUCGUAAGACAUGGUGCUAAAGUUGUCAUAGCCGAUAUCAACGACGAAAUCGGAUUGGCAGUCGCUAGCUCAUUGUCGCCUUUUGUUACGUAUGUUCAUUGUGAUGUUAGCUCCGAAAUAGAAGUUAAGAACUUGAUCGAUUCGACCAUGUCUUGCUAUGGUCGAAUUGAUAUCUUGUUUAACAAUGCUGGUGUCCUUGGAAAUCAGUCUAAGCACAAGAGCAUUGUUAAUUUCGACAUAGACGAGUUUGAUAGAGUAAUGAAUGUGAACGUGAGAGGCGUUGCCCUCGGGAUGAAACAUGCUGCCAGGGUUAUGAUCCCAAGAGGGAGUGGAUGUAUCAUUUCGACUGCGAGUGUGGCUAGCGUUUUAGGUGGGAUGGGCCCACAUGCAUACACAGCGUCGAAACAUGCAAUUGUCGGAUUAACGAAGAAUGCUGCUUGUGAAUUGGGACGCCAUGGGAUCAGAGUUAACUGCAUUUCUCCUUUUGGGGUUGCAACGUCGAUGCUGGUAAACGCAUGGAGAAAAGAUGACGAUGCCAUUGAUGAUAGAGACGUAAGUUUUCGGACACCAAACGAGAAAGAAAUAGAAAAAACGGAGAACUUUGUGAAUAGUUUAGGGAACUUGAAGGGCACAACCCUAAAAGCGAAGGACAUAGCAGAAGCAGCUCUUUACCUUGCAAGCGACGAGUCUCGAUACGUUAGUGGUCAUAACCUUGUCGUAGAUGGUGCGGUCACGACGUCAAGAAACUGUGUCGACUUGUAAUGAACUAAGAUGAUUGAAAUUUUGAAUCACUGUAACUGGUUUUCUAAUUG